AUGUCAUCUACAGGCAAUUACAUAUCAGCUUCUCAGGUCGCGGAUCUUAACACUUAUCAAUCCACUGAUGAUUUGAUAAACGGAUUGAGUGACGGACUUGGUGACGCUACAACUAUUGCAGCAUCAGAUCUCCGUCAAGGUCUUUCAGCCGCUGAAAAAGUUCUAUACAAUCGGGAAGAUCGAAGAAAUUAUAAACAAGCAAUUAUCAUUUAUGCAUCAGAAUACUCAUUAGUCAACAAUUACGAUCCCAAACCAGCUGCAGAUCGUUUGAAAUACGCUGGUAUUCAGAUCAUAACUGUUGCUGUGAACCACAAUAACGAUAGAUAUCUUCUCGACAAACUUUCACAUAUUGCUAGUCCUGGUUUCAAUUUUUCAACAUUUGAUUCAAACUUAGUUAGUGAAGUUCAAGGAGCACUUUUUUCUUCAAAGUGAGUUCGAAAUUUGAUUUACACAACAGAACGUUUCUGGAACCAGAUUUUUUAGUCAACUGUUUCUGCCCGGAUCAUUGGACUCAAUGUCGUGCAGACUUCAAUGAUCAAACUUCACACAAGUAUGGAGUUUGUGUCACAAGUUCGGGACUUCGAGGAGCUUGGGCAAAAAAAUUUGCUCUCAUUUAUUGGUAA